GGUGCAGGUGCGGGCAUACUUUUUCGAGUGCCAUAUAAACCGCGAGCCAAUGGUAUUAAUCUCCCUAGCCAGGUCAGCAGGCGUACACUACAACCCAUCUGAUCAGGUAGCUUAAUUUGAGUACACAAUGUCUUCUUUCGGUUUAGCUGCAUCAGAGGGCUCUGCUUUCAACCCCAGCAUGAACUUUGCAGAUACACUUACCAUAGAAAGUCGCAUUACGUUGAAUUCAGGUCACCAAAUACCAUGCAUGGGAUUUGGAACUUCCUCAUUACGGAAUGCCGAAGAGGCAUGUAACGAAGCCAUCAAGAUUGGCUACCGUCAUCUUGACUCAGCACAAAGUUAUGGGACCGAAGCUGCCGUUGCUCAGGCCGCGCAGAAAUGCGAAAGUGGAUGGGAGUCCAUAUUCCUGACCACCAAAAUACCAGGGACUAAGCAUGGCAAGGAAGCUUGCGAAGAAGCAUUACGUGAAUCUCUCGUGCACACUGCGAACAAACCUUGGGAUUUAGUUCUGUUGCACGAACCGCUCAGUGAACCGAAUAAACGACACCAGGCUUACGCUGUGCUAGCUGAGGCUCAAAAGAAGGGAGAUGUAAAAUGAAUUGGGGUGUCUAAUUUUGGGGUGCACCAUCUGGAAGAACUGCAAAAGGCUGGUGUGGGACCGCUGCCUGCGGUCAAUCAACUUGAAUUGCAUCCUUGGUUCCAACAAAAAUCGCUCGUUGAUUACUGUCAGCGCAAUAAUAUCCUAUUACAAGCCUAUUGCCCACUUGCUCAAGGAAAACACAUGUCCGAUGAGACAUUGGUGAAGAUUGCAGGUAAAGUAAGGAUCAACCUCUUGUUUUGUCUAAUCUUCAAUAUUUAUCCAUGCCACAUGGGAGCUUUAAAAUAAGACUGGACAGAUUCUAACACCAGGAAAAAAAAGUUGGAACCUGCAUGCAGGUGCCUCAUUGAAUCCAAUUCAUAUCCUGGGCAUAUGUUAGACAAUAACUUUGACCAUUCUCCAAACUCAUCAGGGGUUAUAUCUAAAGCUCUAUCCCUCCUGUAUGCAAAAAUUUAAUUGGGAUUUGUAUGAAUUGAAUCCCACAUGUAUGUCUAUCUACAAGAUUAUAUCUAUACCUACACUGAAAAUUUCCCACCACUCCUAUCAUCUGAAUACACUUUGAAAUCCCUUUCUGCCUUGUA